AUGGUGGACUUUUUACUGGGCUUGGUCCAAUCCAAGAAGCGCUUCGUGCUGGUGACUACGAACACGAGCUCUGUCACGGACAGAGCGGUGCAGCAGAUCAGAAUGGAGAAGGCCCGCCAUCUGCAGUCCGUAGGCCUCCAAUUGGUGGCACUCGACGCACACUCCGACGCACUUGUCAGCUUUUGGCCUGACCCAGUGGCUUUCUUCAGCUGCCACGUCGACUCUGUGAAGAACCGCGGCAUCCACGAGCUGCUCGUCUGUAUCCUCUCUUCCCUGCCUCCCCAAGCAGAAAAGGUGCCCGAAGAGGGCUAUUUGAAGACCGCCCACAGCUAUUUGGCUGGGAAGCUGGAGCAGGCCUGA